CGCCCCAGCCAAUAUGGCGGCUAACUGGGGCCCGCAGAGCGCUUCGCAUUUCAACCACAGACCGGAAGUCGGUUUGUUGUCUGUCAAGAUGGCGGCUGGAAUGUAUUUGGAGCAUUAUUUGGACAGUAUAGAAAACUUACCCUUUGAACUGCAGAGGAACUUUCAGCUGAUGAGAGAUCUUGACCAGAGAACAGAAGACCUGAAAUGUCACAUCGACCGGUUGUCCUGCCAGUACAUGAGCAACGCUCGCUCCAUGAAUUCUGAGGAGAAGCUGCAGCUUCUGAGGCAAGUGCAAGAGGCUUAUGGCAAAUGCAAGGAAUAUGGCGACGACAAAGUUCAACUGGCUAUGCAGACGUAUGAGAUGGUAGACAAGCACAUCAGAAGGCUGGAUACAGACCUUGCUCGUUUCGAAGCUGAUCUGAAGGAGAAACACAUUGAAUCGAGUGACUAUGACAGUUGCUCCAGCAAGGGCAAGAAGAUUCCUGUCCUCAACUGGGAUAACACUUUGAUUAUCCUCCCUGCAGAGGGCAGAGGACAGAAGGAAAAGAAAGCUGCAAAAGUGAGGUCCAAGGUCAAGAACUCAGAUGAUGAGGCUGCAAAGAACACUCAGAAGAAAAUCAAACUCGUACAGACGGCUGAGUAUGGGGCCCCGGCAGGAAAUUUCGGAAAAGUGCACCCAUCAGAUGUUCUGGAUAUGCCUGUAGACCCCAAUGAGCCCACCUACUGCCUGUGCCACCAGGUCUCUUAUGGAGAGAUGAUCGGCUGUGACAAUCCAGACUGCUCCAUCGAAUGGUUUCACUUUGCUUGCGUCGGACUUGCCACAAAACCUCGCGGGAAAUGGUUCUGCCCACGCUGUUCCCAGGAGCGGAAGAAAAAAUAGGGUUGGAAGCGCGGAUUUCUCCGGGGGGGGGGGGGGGUUGGGGGCACGGAUUACUUGGGUGGGUGUACUCCUGUGACCCUCUGCUGUGUCUUCCAAGAGAGACGUAUUGCAGCUUAUGUUACUGACAGUAUUAGGAGCCCCCCCCCCCCACUGCCUCUUGGCUGCCCUCUCGUUGCCCAAGGCAGGAGUCCUGUGUUAAUGUCAGAGAACAUGGCUCUGUAACUGCCUGCAGGGUAUUUUAUAAAGUGGAAAGGGAGUACCUGUUACACAGUUAUACCUGGAACCCCCCUUAUUCUUACUGUAUCUACGUGCAGUUGUUUGUACUCACUACAGACAGGGGAAUCCUCCUCAUGUUACUGAACUUCUACGGUUGUUGGGGGGCAAAGAAUUGUAGUUCAGCAGCAUCUGGCGUGCCACCAAUUACCCUGCACUACAGCUCAUCUUUCGUUUUUAUUAUUCACAUCUUUUGUAGCAUAGUGACACCCCCCCGUUAAUUUCUACCGCUGUGCCAAACCAUUCAUUGCUGUUGUAUGACAGCCCCCACAUUAUUGGGCUUAGAAUACUAUAUACAGGAGUUACCCCUCCUAACACAAGGGCAGAAAUGAUAUUCAGUGUUGGGGGUGUCCCUUGUUUCCCCUUGCGCUAGGGUUUUGGGGGUAUGAGUAGCUAUGGUCUCACUAAGCAUAAAAGGGUUGUUCACCUUUGCGUUAACUUUUAGUAUGAUGUAGAGAGUAAUAUUCUAAGACAGUUUGCAGUUGGUCUUCAUUUUUAAUAUUCAGGAGCUCUGAAUUUGGAAUUUCAUCACCCCUAUGUGGUUGCUAGGGUCCGACUUACCCUAGCAACCACAUAGGGGCUGAAACUCCAAACUUAGGGAGUGGUUUGGAUGAAAGACUGGUAUAUGAAUAUAUACCUGAAUAGAAAAGAAACUUACAGAAAGUAACAAUAAAACUGGAGCCUCACAGAGCAAUAGUUUUUUUUUUGCUGCUGGGGUCAGCGACCCCCAUUUAAAAACGGCAAAGAGUUGGAAGAAGGUGGCAAAUAAUUCAAAAACUAUAACAAAUAAAUAAGGAAGACCAAUUGAAAGGUUGUUUAGAAUAGGUCAUUCGAUAACAUACUAAAAGUUAACUUUUUCUGCUUUGAGUGAAACCGUUUGACAUAUAAAGCAUAGAAAUAACUGGUAUGUCCUUACCAAUUCCAAUCAUUGCAUCCACUACCGCAGGGGUCCCCAAUUUUUUUUUUAACCCAUAAGCCAUGUUUAAAUGUAAAAAGACUUGGGGACCAACGCAAGCAUGAAAAAUUGUUCCUGGGGUGCCCAAUAAGGGCUGUGAUUGGCUAUUUGGUAGCCCCUAUCUGGACUGGCAGCCUAUAGGAAGCUCUGUGUGGCAAUACAGGUGGUUUUUAUCCAACCACAACUUGCCUCCAUGACAGAAAUUCAAAUGUUUAUUUGUUUCAGGUUUAUGAAGUAAUUUCAUAUCUUCUGGCUUUAUUUCCUCUAGAUUUCUGCUCUGUACAUGUCCCUCCAGCUGCUUAUUAUCUUCAUACCCUCCUGUAAGAAUCUCCUUACUGAUCUCCCUCUCUGUAGCCUUACUAAAGUAGUAGGCUAGAAAUGCUACACGUUAGGGCAGGGAUCCCCAACCUACUGGGGAGCCACACAAGCAUGAAACAAGUUCCUUGGGGAUGCCAAAUAAGGCCUGUGAUUGGCUAUUUGGCCCCAUGGGGACUGUUAGCCUGCAGUAGGUUCUGCUUGGGGUAAAAUUGUGUCUCUGUGCCCCCAAAACUUGCCCCCAAGCCAGAAAUGUAAAAAUGGCUCCUACUUUGAGGCCACUGGGGGCAACGGCAAAGGGGGCGGUGAGCAAUAUAUUACCCCAUAGCCACUGGUUGGGGAUCACUGCAUUAGGGGAUCAUUUAUAAAAGUACCCGCACGUGAAGGUGCUCUAAAAUAGACACAAUUAGGCAGUUAAUUAAGAAAUUAAUUAAGAGUCAAUCUGCAGCAAAAUGCAAGCACAGUUGUAGUCAUUUUGAUGCAUCAGACACAGUUGUGGCAGCUGGAAUUAUGGGAUAAAAAUAUAUAUUCAUGAUACAAAGCCGAUUAUUCAUGAAUUCCAAUUCCCAUUACAUGGCAGCUCAGAAACCAGUGCAUUCUGCAUCAGAAUGUAAUAGUAAGCCCUGUAGAAUCUGCUUUGGUGGUUGAAUGACCCCCUAAGCUUGUCAACAACAGCCCCAAGCAGACUGAGCACGUGCUGUGCCACUGACAUACAACAGAGGGGCCUAUUAGGAGCCAAGCUGGAGAGGUCCUAUGGAAGCUGGAUCUGUUAUAGGGCUGCUAAAUCUCUGCUGGUACAGUAAGUUCAAUACAUUAAAAAAACAGCAUUUCUAGCUUUAUUCUUUGUAGGGUUUAGUUCCCCUUUAACGUGAGAUAUCGGAGCAGCACAUUUGGCUUCUCACAUUCCAUUGGGUCCGGCUGUUACUUUCCUGCACAUUUGUGCUGGCUUUCUGCCUGGCUUUCACCCAAACACUAGAACCCCUGUUCUUUCCUUAUCAGAGUUGGUGCUAAACAGUUUUCAUUGUGUCCAUAUGUGCGCAGUGUUUCCUAUUGCAACGGUUACACAGGAACCUGGCCAAGUGUGUGAGUGUUUGGAUCUCUUUGUUAAAGGGGCGGUUCACCUUUUAAGAUAUCUUUUAGUAUGUUAUGGAAUGUACUACUCCUAGCAACUUUGCAAUUGGCCUUUUUUAUAGUUUUUGAAUUAUUUGCCUUCUUUGUACAUGUUUCCAGCUUUCACAUGGGGGUCACUGACCCCGCUAGCCAAAAAAACUCAAUUUUAUUUUUGUUACUUUUUAUUCCUUAUUUUUUUUUUGUGCCUUUUCUAUUCAUAUUCCGGUCUCUCAUUCACACCACUGCCUAGUUGCUAAGGUAAACAGGACCCUAGCAACCAGAUAGCUGCUGAAAAGCUACAAAAAAUGAAAAGCAAGUGCAAAUCUGUCUCAGAAUACCAAUGUCUACAUCAUACCAAGUUAAUUUCAAGGUGAACUACCCCUUUGAGUGUGUGUUAUUCGCCAUGUUAGGUCAGCGCAUCCUUAUUUAUUUACCUUUUUAACAUUAACUACAUUUUGUAUGUCCCGGACUCCCCUCGCCGAACCCUCUGACAAUCUGUUUACUGGAUCAGCUGGACGCUCUCUAACACUAACGCUCUCUGUACUGAACACUUCGACAGAACUCCUCUCCCAGCGCCGAGCGCUCAUUGGUCCAAUAAUGUUUUUUGUUUUUUUUUUCUUGUUGAAAAUAAACUGAUAAAGAAAAAUC